AUGCACUGGGAGGAGAGAGCAGCAGUCGAGAGGACGACUGGGACUCAGAGCAGUGCAGCAGGAAACACCAUCCUGGACAGAGAGGAGUUUGGGGCCCAGGCUUGCCCCUCUGCAGUGACCCACAGGAGUAAGAGGAGAGAGGGGGAUGUGUCUGGGAGACGGUUGGUGCUGGUGGACACUCCAGACUGGUUCUGUCCUGGACUCUCUCUGGAGGAGAUGAGACAUGAUGUGGGGCUCUGUGUCCAUCUGUCUGCCCCGGGACCGCACGCCUUCCUCCUGGUCAUACCAGUGGAGCCCUCUAAUGGGGAGGAGAGAGGGGUGCUGGAGAGAAUAGAGGAGAUGUUUGGGGAGGGUUGUUGGGAACACACUGUGAUUCUAUUCACCCAUGCUGAUGGCCUGAAAGAGCAGAGCAUUGAGGAGUUUCUCCAAGCAGGGAGUCAGGACCUCCAGCAGCUUGUAGAGAAAUGUGGGAGCAGGUACCACGUCCUCAACAUUAAGGACAGGGCCCAUGGCACUCAGGUCCCAGAGCUGCUGGAGCAGGUAGAGGAGAUGGUGGCAGGAAAUAGAGAGAGAUUCUACAGCAGUCAGACUUACCAGGAGGCAGAGGACCAGGUGUGUUGCAGCAACCUCAGCACCCCUACUUCCUUCGGCUAUGGGCUGACAUAG